UAAUGGAUGUAUUUGUGUAACUUAAUUUGUGUAUGUUUACCUGUUUAUCUAUGUUUUUGACUUGUAAUAGCUUGCAGGACUGAUUUAACUUUAUCCAAAUUAAAAGUUAUUCUGCUGUGUUUCAGAAAUGCAAACAUUAGUAUAUUUGUCAAGGAAUUUUUCGGUUAAUAUAAGCAGCCCCAUAACCUCAUGCCACUGAGCACUAAUUAAAAGGCUAGUGUGCAGUAACCACAUGGCCAUUCUUUGAUAUGAGAGUACAGUGUUGUGAUUAAAUGAAUUUAGUGUCCAACUGAAUUGUGAUUUUUAUUAAUGUUUGUCAUUUGAAAAUUGAAAACAUGUUUUUAAACAAAUGAUCACUGAUGUCAGCUGAUGUGUUAUAUUCAUGUUUGGUCAUGUUUUUUUUUUUUUUUUUUUUUUUUUCUUUCCUUGAUCAGUGUAAGCAACACUGUGUGUGCCUUGAUUGAGAUAUUGGUAAUGACACAUUCACUUUGCAAAAACAAGUGUUCAGCUCACCCACUGACCAGACCAAAUAUGAGAAAGAACAAACAGUAUAAGUACCAUUCCGGGGAUCAAAAUUUUUUAUAUAUCAUAAAUAAUGUUAAUUAGACUUAUCAAUCACUAAUAUAUUUCUAGUUAAUCUUAGCCAGCUAAUUUUAAAUAUUAAAAGCCUUGUUGACAUUCAUUUUGAUUUAUUACGAAUGUUAAUGUUGCACCCUGUGCAUAUGUUUCGAUCCCUGUGAAAUGGCAUUCACCAGCAUUUAACCUAAAUACAUCCUGUGUCAAUAUAGAAAAGACUGUACUCAACACUUUCAAUAUUUAUUGUGUGUUCAUAUUUAAACAAAUUAAUGGAUAUGGAUGAUUUCUGCUGAACUCUUUUCUAAAAAUAGUAUUCAUUAACAUUAACACCAUUUUUAUUUUGGAAAUUGUGUUGACAAAAUUACAUCUGGGUCUUUUAUAAAAUUGUUUUGUCUAAAUUAUUUACCAUUCAACCUGAAAUUCACUUCACAAUAUGAUGAUUUUCAAUCUGUGUAUAAGCAGAUCCACCGUUUAUAUCAUUUUUAUCAUUUGUCAAAGAAGUUACUUCACACUGCAAGUUAUGGAUUUCAUGUUUCAGUUACUUGGUUAAUUAAGAGUUGAUCAAAUUAAAUUGUUAUUCACUGUUUUGAUAUGUGUAUACUUUUGUCGCUUUUUGUUUAGCGUUUCGUUUCAUUUGCUUAUCUGGUUUGAUGCUACACUAGUUUGUCACGUAGCACUUGCACUGUGCAAUAUUUAACAGUAUGAGGACUGGGGAAAUGUAACCCUUUGGAUAUAAUGUCUUUACAGAGUGUAAUUGAUGUUUCCUCUCUAGUUCUCAGUGAAUAAAGAUGUGACCAAGCCUUCUCUACUUAGUCACAUUAAACUGAA